ACACAGGGACACUUUUGUAAUUCACCUCCCAUAGUCGGCUCACUUACCCUCUGCUUCAAUAUCUUCUGCAUCCUGCAACACACACACACACACACACAAAACGAUAUACGUAUAAACCGUGUAUCUAUAUUUCCGAUUUCCGAAAAUGUCGACUCGAGCAAGACGAUCGUCGUUCCCGAAGGUAGUUAUUGAGCGAGACACCGACACUGAUGAAAGUUCAGACGAAGAAGAAGAGGUGGAAAACGACGUCGUUGAGUCUGACGAUGAGGAAGAAGAAGUAGAAAUUGAGGAUCAAAAAGUUGAAGACGACGUCGUUGAGGAUAAGAAAGGGAAAACGCCUAUUACUAUUAGUCUUAAAAAAGUCUGCAAAGUUUGUAAGAGAACUGGUCAUCAAGCUGGUUUUCAAGGAGCUACGUAUAUAGAUUGCCCUAUGAAGCCAUGUUUCCUCUGCAAAUUGCCCGGUCACACAACGGUUAAUUGUCCGCACCGGGUGGCUAUGGAGUUUGGGGUUAUUCCAGCGUCUCGUAAACGUACUCAUAACUCGUUGGAUUAUGUAUUUGAACGACAACUUCGCCGUGGAGUUCCUUCUAUAAAACCUGCAUUUGUGAUCCCGGAUGAAGUGAAUUGUGCGGUGAUUAGAUACCAUAGCAGACGAGUUACAUGCUUGGAGUUCCAUCCGACUAAUAAUAACGUUCUGUUAUCAGGCGAUAAGAAAGGACAACUGGGAGUUUGGGAUUUCGGUAAGGUGUAUGAAAAAACUGUAUACGGGAACAUACAUACCUGCCUGCUUAACAACAUGAAGUUCGGUCCAGCAAAUGAUGGAACAGUUUAUACCGUAUCAUCAGAUGGAACCGUUAAUUGCACAGAUUUGGAAACUGGUUUAUCAACUUCAUUGAUGGAUCUCAAUCCAAAUGGAUGGCAGGGUCGUAACAGUUGGAGAAUGCUGUACGGUAUGGAGUUCAAUGCAGAGAAAGGUCUUGUGCUUGUUGCAGAUAGUUUUGGAUACUUACACAUGGUGGAUGCACGAGCCAAUUCCAAGACUGGAGAUUCGGUUUUAAUUCAUAAGAAAGGAACAAAAGUUGUUGGAUUGCACUGCAAUCCUCUUCAGCCGGAUCUUCUCUUAAGUUGCGGAAAUGAUCACUUUGCCCGUAUGUGGGAUAUUCGUCACUUAGAAGCUGAAUCCUGUCUUCACGCGCUUCCGCACAAACGGGUUGUUAACUCGGCUUAUUUUUCUCCUUCAAGUGGAAGUAAAAUAGUGACUACAUCUAUUGAUAACCGUAUCCGUGUGUGGGAUUCUAUUUUCGGUAACUUGGAUACCCCAAGCCGAGAAAUUGUGCACAGUCAUGAUUUUAACAGGCAUUUAACUCCGUUUCGGGCUGAGUGGGACCCAAAGGAUCCAUCAGAGUCCCUUGUGGUUAUUGGUCGUUAUAUAAGCGAAAACUAUAAUGGAGCUGCUUUGCAUCCCAUUGAUUUUAUUGACAUCAGCACGGGGCAACUUGUUGCUGAGGUCAUGGACCCGAACAUAACCACAAUAAGUCCCGUGAACAAGUUGCAUCCGCGUGAUGAUGUUUUAGCAACUGGUAGUUCAAGGUCGCUAUUUAUUUGGAGGCCAAAGGAAAAGUCUGAAGUGGUGCAAGAAAAAGACAAAAGUAAAAUCAUGGUUUGCAAUAGGAAAAACACCAAGAAGUUUGGAAAUGAAAGUGACAAUGACGACGAUGAUGAUUCUGGCGAUGAUUUUUCGAGUAAAAAAGGUAAAGAUUUGAAGAAGAAAAAAGCAAAUAUAGUGAUAACUACAAGUAAAAGCAGCAAGAAGAAAAAACCUUAAAAGCUAGUCUGGGGUGGGCUAAUAGUCUAAUACUAGUGUUGUGUCUUGUUUUUUUGUGGGGGGCUGCAUUUGUGUUACAUUCUAUGGCCUUGUAGAUGAUGCUCAUAAACUGUAAGAAAAGGGGAGGGGUAGUAGUGUCCUACGGUCUACUGUAUUUUUGUGUUAUGGUCUUACAGCAGGCUGCAGGCUCUCCCGCUUCUAACCAUCGUUUUAAAAAUAUAAAUAUACUCGUUCUAACGAGAUUUUUGAGCUGAAAUUAUCUGCUUACCUUUUAUAAAA